CGAACGCCACCGCUUAGUCUGCUAUCUGCACAGAACCGAGAUGCGCGUCCUGAAGCUCUUAUGCAAGCCCUGUGGGUCUGAAGCUGAACCAUCGCAGUCCAGACCAGGCGAACUGGCUAGCGUCUGGGACAGAGCUGGUACGAGUUAGAGCCCCGCCGGAAGUGCAACUUUUGGGAGGUGAGCAUCUGCUGCUGCGACGUUCACAGCCAAGCUAUACAUAUCAAAAAUUGCAGCUGGCGGCAUCGCCGAGGAUUUCUCCAACCUAAGACAAUCCUACCCUCUCCACCGUUCGGUCCUACCAACGAACGCCAGUAUGGGCUCUGAACCUGAACAUCACUUGGUCUUUCUCCGCAUCAGUGAGAAAGAUGUGCGAGCGUACCUUGGCAAGAUCGAAAAUACUGCAGACAAUGGACUUAAAGCAUCAAUCCAAAACCCGCAGAUCAUCGCGAGCGUGGACAAUUUUCCCAUUAGUAGCAUGGCAACAUCUGUGCCAAUGUACGACUACACGCAGCAGUUGAUCCUUUUCGUCGCCUACGGGAAGCUUCGCGACGAAUUCGACCUCAAUGACCAUCAGCGCAACAUCGACCUCUGGCGCAUCGGGCCACACUUUAGUCUUGUUUCCGUCGAGCAUGUGAAUGCAAUAACCAGCCCUUCCGAUCAGCAACCUGGUAUGGUAGUACGCGGAGAACUGGUCAGCGUUUCAGUAGAAGGAAAUUCCGAAAGAAAUGAAGUUUCGACUGCAAUCCCGCUCAUGGCACAAAGUGCAGCGGGCUCCGACUGGACGGCAGUGAAAUACAGCACAAAUACUAAAGAGACAUUUGGACAGUGUACCAAACUGGUGCAGAGCACAGAUCCAGAAAUCAAGUACGUUUAUCACUUGAAAUUGGACAGAAGAGAAGACUCCGUCCGACCGAAUUACGUAUUUGUCGAACAAAUGAGAGCGAGCGAAUUCGAUAAACUCUCCAUCUCGAAAAGUUCUCUUUGGACUUCGUAUGCCGUUGAACUCGGCUCCGGCAUGAACGAGGCACCGACCUACGCUUUCGCUAGGAGUCGAUACACAGACACUUCACCUCCAAAACGUCGCCUAUACCUCUUCAAACAAAUGACCGGCUGGAUCGAAGUAAACUACAUAAAUCUCCGUCCCGACGGCUCCGUCGCAUCCCCCUCCACCAUAGUAAAAGCCAUCCAAGAAGAACCCAUCUACGACUUUGGACGUCCAAAUUGGUACACGUGCCAGAAUCUCCAAGCCAUUGAUCUCGCCGAUGGGAGAAUCAUGUUGACAUGGGCAGAAACGGGAAAUGAGGAAGAUGAGGCUCCUUUUAUUGGAAUUCCGAGAGCGAUUGUUACGACGAUAGAUAAAGAUGGAGCUUUGGAGCGGCCGUGGAAAGAAGUAGAAAUGACGUGGGAGACUUCUCCUGCUGAUGAUGAGAGUGCCCCCAACGCCCACGAGGAAUGGAAUGAUUAUUGGAGUUCUGUUCUUGUUUCGAAGGAUUUUGCGUUUUGAUUCCAUUGAUGAUACCUGUCAGUGAGUGCGUGUCUAGAAAUGCACAACGAUGUCUUCGCUGGCCCAGACAGGAGCAUUGUGAAAC